AUGGCGCCUGAAAUUCUCGUUCUUCUGGUUCUCAAUAUUGUGACUUCAUGUUCCGGAUUGUUCCUUAACACAUUUAUUGCUGUCAUCAGCUGCAGAACUCGCAUGAGAAAUGUCUCCCAGAAUCCUAGAGACCUCCUCUUAUUCUCUAUCGGAUUGUCCAGCGUCUUGUUUGGGACUUUCCAGUUUCUCACUAAUAUGGCAGGUUACAUCUGGACCGACCUAUUUUUUGCGCUUAAUUUUUGUCUCAUUAUUGUCAAUCUUGUGUUCGUCCUCAGUCUCUUCUCCAGCAUCUGUCUGACAUCAUUGCUCUGCAGCUUCUAUUGCAUCAAGUUGGUCACGUUCCGGCACCGGAUCUUUACACAGAUGAGGUCGGUAUUUCCAUCUCUUCUUCCAUGGAUGGUAGCUGGAACCUUUGUGAUUCCUGGUGUUGUACUGGUGACUCUGGUUGGUGUCAUCCUCAUGACUGCUCCUUUACUACAUGACGGGAGUAUAUUGCACUGCCCCAAAAUCAAUCAGACGUAUGUUGUCACUCAGCAGGCUAUAAUGACCGGCCUGAACCUUAUGACAGCAUUGCCGUUCCUCCUCAUCGUGGUGUCACUCGGUGUUACACUCUCUUCUCUUACCUUUUAUGUCUGGAAAUUACAUAAUUCAUCGAGUUUCGAUAAAUCCCACCUCAGAGCUCACAGUGAAGCAGCCAAGACCAUGCUCCUUCUCCUGACACUGAACGUCCUUUUCUACCUAUCGCACCUGAUGCUCUCUUGGGAUUUGGUGGCUGUCUUUUCCCCGAUGGGCAUCAUGAGUUUCAUCAUGUACUUCUCCUUCUGGGCCCUUCAGGCUCUCACUCUUCUCACCAGGAACAAGACUUACAGGGUCAGGAUAUCAGCUCUUCAGUCUCUUCUUAGGAUGUGGUGGAAUAAAGAUAUUAUUCCCCUUCACAAAUGA